GCUCCUGCAUCUGCCACUCGGCAGAAGAACGAGGAACUCCUGCUGAAGCAACACACUGAUGUAAAGAUGGCAUUUAUUAAAGAGGAGAGCGAAGACGUGAAGAUUGAAGAAACAUUCCCAGUCAAACAUGAAGAGAUUGAAGAAGCUUUCAGAGUCAAACAUGAAGAUCCUGAGGAACAAACAGAUCUGAUUGUGCCGAAAGAGAAGAGUGAAGAGAGUUUCGAUCAGCAAGAAAGUCUCAGUGUUCACACUGGAGAGAGUCUGUACACUUGCCCUCAGUGUGGGAAGACUUUUAUACAUAGACACUCUUUUAAUGCCCACAUAAUAAUUCACACUAAGGAUAAGCCUCACAACACCUGCGUUCAAUGCGGAAAGAGUUUCAUACAUAAGAAAUCUCUCAAUGUCCACAUGAGGACUCACUCCGGACAGAAGCCGCACGUCUGCUCGCAGUGUGGAAAGAGCUUCUUAUACAAACACUGUCUGAAUGCGCAUGUAAGAAUCCACACCGGAGAGAAACCGUUCAGCUGCCAGCAGUGUGCGGAGAGUUUCACUCAUCAAGGACAGCUCCAGCUCCACAUGAAGACUCACACUGGAGAGAAACCGCCUGUCUACACCUGCCAACAGUGCGGGAAGAGCUUCAGCACCAUUACAAUCCUCAAAGUCCACAUGUUGAUCCACACCGGAGAGAAGCCGUUCAGCUGUGAGCAGUGCGGGAGACGCUUCAGUCACGAAUCAGCGCUUAAGAACCACCUGAAAGCCCACGCUGGAGAGAAGCCGUACACUUGCCCUCAGUGCGAGAGGAGUUUCUUGUAUAAAGGCUCUCUCAAUGACCACAUCAGAAGUCACACCGGAGAGAAGCCGUUCGCCUGCCAACAGUGUGGAAAAUCUUUCAGUAAAAAUGGAAACCUUAAAGCCCACAUGAGGAUUCACACUAGGAAGAAACCCUAAACCUGUCGACGAUGUGGAAAAUGAUUUGUUUUGGUAUAUAUUACACCUUUUCACCUUUUGAAUGUUAAAGGUUCGAGUGCACACAGAUGACCCGGUGCAGCCUUCAUACUGUCGGAUACCUUUAGUCGUGACUGACUCAGAUGUGUAGCACAAGCUCUGUGAUUGGUAGCGGUGAAGAGUCUGGGUGGGCCCGAGUUGUUAGCAAGUGUCGAAUCCCACUGAUGAGCUCCAGAUGGACACUUUUGAGCAGAUGUGACCACCGCUGGUCCUACACCACCCAAGGAACUCUGAGCUAAAACCGAACCGGUGACCUUCCGCAUGGGAGUCGGUUGCUCUAACAAGGAGGCUGAAGACCAUGGCCUCUAGCGUCUGUUGCUAGAGCACCUUGAGAGGUCAGAGGAGUGAGGUUUACCUGCAUAGCACUUCACUAGCUCGCCUCCGCUACACUCACCCCCUAAACCUCACUCCCAUCUGGGUCACGGCACCAAUGUAACCCCCACUGGUCCUACACCACCCAACCUGCUCUGAGCUGGAAUCAAACCGGUGACCUUCCGCAUGGUAGUCGGUUGCUCUUACAAGGAGGCUGAAGGCCAUGGCCUCUAGCGACUGUCGCUAGAGCACCUUUAGAGGUCAGAUGAGUGAGGUUUACCUGCAUAGCACUUCACUAGCUUGCUUCCGCUACACUCACCCGCUUAAACCUCAUUCCCAUCCGGAUCACGGCACCAAUGUAACCACCCAUGGUCCUACACCACCCAACCCACGCUGAGCUGGGAUCGAACCGGUGACCUUCCGCAUGGGAGUUGUUUGCUCUAAUAAGGAGGCUAAAGACCAUGGCCUGGUCUAGUGUCUGUCGCUAGAGCACCUUUAGAGGUCAGAGGAGUGAGGUUUACCUGCAUAGAACUUCACUAGCUUGCCUCUGCUACACAGAUAUACCCAAAGUAGGGCCCGCGGGCCAAUGUUGGCCCAUUGUAACCUUUGAUUUGGCCCACCAUCCCAUCUGAAAAGACAGUGAGAAGGAUGGAGAGGGUUGGGGCGAAUGCAGAGAGAUCGUCAUUUCUAAUUUGACAUAACCUAUUUUGAUCGUUUUAUUGCUGAGCUACCAUAAAAGCUAGCUGAAAUUAAAUGAUUCAAUUAAAAGCUGUAAAUGAAUCAGCUUUUUUAAAAAUGUAAACGAUGUUAUUAUGCAAAAGACAUCGGUAAGCAAAUCAAGGCAAAAACUAGUUUAACUCCAUUCUGUUGUAAAUGAGAUUGUUUUUGUAUUUACUGUAAAAGGUUGAGCUUUUAAUAGUCUGUUAAGCUGUAGAGUGUUUGUUUAGGUCGUGUCUAUUUCAUUAUUUCCCUCUUUCUGUAGAGCAGGACAUUUUAAUGAGGCUCAAACGUGUGAGUGGAGUUUUGAGGAUGAAAACCAACCUGUUUGUUUCUCAGGAUCUUCCUGUUUGACUGUGAAUGUUUUUUCAAUCUUCAGGUCUUCACUCUUCUCUUUAAUAAACGCCAUCUUUAUAACA